UGCCUACUCUCUUAAGGAACACGGUGCCUCCCCUUGGGUUUCCUCCUCCCGGAGCCCCGGAGUCAUCGGCUUCCUCCCCUCAACUUCCGGGGUUCGGCGGCAGAGGGGGCGGGACCUGCCUGGGAUUGGCUGUUGUCGUCCACGCCCCCUCGCCCCAGGCGCCUGCGCAGUAGGCCGGCCGUGGGGGGCGGGAAGCUCUUGGGGGCAGCGGAGCCCAUGUCGGCCCUGAGGCGCUCGGGCUACGGCCCCAGUGACGGUCCGUCCUACGGCCGCUACUAUGGGCCGGGAGGUGGAGAUGUGCCAGUGCACCCGCCUCCACCCUUGUAUCCUCACCUUCGCCCGGAGCCUCCUCAGCCUCCCAUUUCCUGGCGGGUGCGCGGGGGCGGCCCGGCCGAGACCACCUGGCCUGGAGAAGGCGGAGGAGGCGAUGGCUACUAUCCCACGGGAGGCGCCUGGUCGGAUUCGGGUCGGGCCGGAGGAAGCCACCAGGAGCAGCCACCGUAUCCUAACUACAACUCAAACUAUUGGAAUUCUACUGCACGACAUCGGGCUCCUUACCCAAGUACAUAUCCCACAAGACCAGAAUUGCAAGGCCAGAGUUUGAAUUCUUACACAAAUGGAGCAUACGGUCCACCGUACCCACCUGGCGCUGGGGCAAGUACUGCCUCAUACUCUGGGGCGUAUUACACCCCUGGAUAUACCCAGGCCAAUUAUUCCACAGAGGUUCCCGGCACUUACCGUUCACCCGGCAAUAGCCCAACCCCGGUCUCUCGUUGGGUGUAUCCCCAACAGGACUCUCAGACUGAAGUGCCCCCUCUGCGAGGGCAGGUUCCAGGGUAUCCUGCUUCUCAGAACCCUGGAAUGACUCUGCCCCAUUAUCCAUAUGGGGAUGGUAAUCGUAGUGUUCCACAGUCUGUACCAAGUGUACGACCGCAAGAGGAUGCCUGGGCCUCUUCUGGGGCUUAUGGAAUGGGUGCCCGUUACCCCUGGCCUUCGGCUGUGCCCACAGCACCACCUGGGAAUCUCUAUGUGACCGAAAAUGCUUCACCAUGGCCUAGCAGUGGCUCUCCUCAGCCACCUCCUUCGCCUCCGCCCCAGCAGCCCAAGGAGUCCUCCUACCCCUAUAGCCAAUCCGAUCAAGGCAUGAACCGGCACAGCUUUCCUUGCAGUGUUCGUCAUCAGUACGAAUCCUCGGGAACAGUGAACAAUGAUAAUUCAGAACUUUUGGAUUCUCAAGUCCAGUAUAGUGCUGAGCCUCAGCUCUAUGGCAGUGCCACCCAUGAACAUCUCAGCAAUCAAGAUCAAAGUCAUAAUCUUCCUGAAGAGUCUUUAUCUUCAGAUGAAAGUACUCCUCCAAGUAUUAAAAAAAUCAUACAUGUGCUGGAGAAAGUCCAGUAUCUUGAGCAAGAAGUAGAAGAGUUCGUAGGAAAAAAGACAGACAAAGCGUACUGGCUUCUAGAGGAAAUGCUAACCAAGGAACUUUUGGAACUGGAUUCAGUUGAAACUGGGGGCCAGGACUCUAUCCGGCAGGCCAGGAAAGAGGCUGUUUGUAAGAUCCAGGCCAUACUGGAAAAACUGGAAAAAAAAGGAUUAUGAAAAGAAUUUAGAACAAACGGAAGCCUGUUGCUAACUUGACCAAAGAACUCUUGGUUUUGGUUAUUCAGUCCCCUCUUUUUGAAAUGCCUGUUGAUGAUAAGAAGCAAUACGCUCCAACUUUUCCUUGGAUUUAAAACUUGAAAAAUUGGCAAAGGAGUGGAAGAAUAUUUAGUUAUGUGUUGUUUUCCACUUUCCGAGGAAUGAAUGUAAUGGGAAACUUAGCGGAUGUCGGCAAGCUGCUGCUUACCACCAGGAGGGAGAAUUCACUCUGUGCACCAGGCUUCCCACAAACCUGCUCCGGGAAACUGGGGAUAAUACUGAGACACACAGGCUGCUUUUUUAAACAUCUGGAUUACUUGUCACAUUUUUGUACAUUGUGACUGCUUUCAACAUACACUUAUGUGUAAAUUACCGCUUAGACUGUAGCCUUCGUGGACCUUUGUUGUUUGCAGUUCACAAAUAUAGUAUUAUUCUCUACUUCUUGGUACAUUUUGUAGUAAUAUGUUUAAUAUAAUUAUUCAAGAGACUAUAUAACAGCCAGAGAGUAUGGCAGUUCUGAAUGAAUUUAUCUCUUUUCACCACGUGAAUAUAUUGCAAUGUGUAGUAAGUUCCUGAGGUAAAUUGUUUGUCUCCCUUUUUGUAUAGAUCGUUAGAUUAGAGUUUUACUACUUCUAUGUUACAUAGAAGGGGAGUGCAAAGUAAAUUUGGAAAUGGCAUUGAUAUAAAAAUGAAAAUGUGGAAAUUUUUCUCUUUUGCUUUUUUAUUGUAUUUGGAUAAAGAUUCACUUUAAAAUUACUUUGUUUUUUCUUUUUACAAAGUGUUAAUUAUCUUUUCACUGUUGCUGCUUCCAUAGAAAAUAUUAUGAUAGAUACAGAUGGAAAAUUAAAUGCCACAAUGAGUAGAAAUACUGACUGCAAAGAGUAAUAAAUAUAAUUAUUUAGCAGUAACUAUUCUCCAUCUGAAAUAUUAGUUUCAACAUCAAGAUCCCUAUAAGUAAGCCGGCGCCGUGGCUCAAUAGGCUAAUCCUCCACCUUGCGGCGCCGGCACACCGGGUUCUAGUCCCGGUUGGGGCGCCGGAUUCUGUCCCGGUUGCCCCUCUUCCAGGCCAGCUCUCUGCUAUGGCCAGGGAGUGCAGUGGAGGAUGGCCCAGGUGCUUGGGCCCUGCACCCCAUGGGAGACCAGGAAAAGCACCUGGCUCCUGGCUCCUGCCAUCGGAUCAGCGCGGUGCGCCGGCUGCAGCGGCGGCCAUUGGAGGGUGAACCAACGGCAAAGGAAGACCUUUCUCUCUCUGUCUCUCUCUCUCACUGUCCACUCUGCCUGUCAAAAAUAAAAAAAAAAAAAAAAAAAAAAAA